UCUCAAAAAGGAAGGUAUCAAAUUUUUAGAAUGAUUUUGAUGGAUAUUUGUAAAUUAAUCAUGAAAGGAUCUUAUUAGUAAUGCCUGUCAUAAUUAUUUUGAUCGAUCAGUAACGGUUUCUAAUUUUGUGACCAUUUAGCGGAAGCGUGAGAAAUGUUAUCCCAAAUGGACUCUAAAGUCAAGUAUCGCCACAAGGACGAUGCAAUGGAUACCACAGAUGUUUUCGAAAUUACGGACUUCACGACCGCUUCAGAUUGGGAAAGGAUUAUCGCAAGACUAGAAGACGUCAUUCAUGAAUGGAAACUGCCUCGUUACUCACCGGAAACCAAAUUUCCCAAAGAUAGUUUCACCACUGGGCGAUGGAAAGAAGUAUCCACGAGCAUAGCGGAUGUCCCGGAUUUUGAGUUCCAUGUGAAGAGAUAUCGACUCUGUGUGGCGGAUGAACCGGACAGCAUUUCCAAGGAUGCUAGCGCAACCAGAGAAAAAUCUCCAGGUCUGAACGAUCCCAAGCGUCAUAUGCUUCUGAAAACAUCGUUUUCCGUGGGUGAUUUUCCAGCUAUCUUUGAACAACUACUAUCCACAGAAAAUGAUUUCCCUCUGUCUCCGGCUUUACAUCCUCUUGCAAAAUGGUUUGGGAUAGCUGAUUUUUUGGUGCUGUCACCUUCCGCAUUCAACGAUAUCGAUUCUACGGUGUCUGAAGAUCGCUUAAAACUUCUCAACAGCUGCAUUUCCAUUGCUGCAUCUAAUACGCGAUGUCCACUGCCCGUCUUUGUACAGUUCGACGUUCAGCAACGGCAAAUGUUUUUCGGUGUAUCAGAAAUUGGUGGAUUUCGUACCGUUUACGAUAUCAUUGAUCUGGAAAAGAUUCCUGAUCGCCUCCGAAACCUCUCAGGCCUAAUGGAAAUUUUCAAAGAAAAAAUUGGAAUCAUGGAUAGCUCGAUACUCGUGAAAGCAUCCGUGCAGCUCACUGUCACCUUGCGACCGGAUGCGGUCAGCGCGGAUGAAGAGGAUGAGGAUAUGAUCAAGGCAAAAACACCAAAACUAGGAGAGCUCCCGUUCGGAUCAAUGGAAUAUGAUAAUUUUUACAUUGAUCUGCUCGCAACUUGGCCUAACGCCAAUGCUGAUGCCUUGGAAGACACUACGGUGCAUUCGGAUUUGGAUCCGUUGCAAGCGCCGAAGUGGGCUGUCCAGUUAUUUUUGAACGACAAAGCUUCGCAGAGACUCUCGGACGCGUUAAGAAAAUUUGCCAAGCAGACGCAUCACCAAGAAACAGUGCAAUCUUUGCUGGAGUACUUGGAUUCAGACGCGAAUUCCCAAGCUCAAAAUGUCGACACCGCGAAAAACGCCUUGAAACGUUUAACUGGUCCGGAGCGAACCCAUUUGUCGACAGCUUUGUACAAGCGAAUUCCCCGCUAUCAUCUCGAUGUUCCCAUUGCGGAAGAACCGUUGAACGAGAUUCUGGCAUACCUCUUUCCUGAUUCAGGCUUAGCCAAAGAUCUGGAAAACAGUAAUUCAGCUGGCAGUACUGCAGAUUCUGAACAAGUCUUCGGCAAUCUGAAAUCCGCUCCCUACAACAGUUUUCCGUACAGGCUGUCCUUAGCCGUUUAUUAUGUGCUUGAAAACCUUGGCGGACUAUUAGCCGUCGCCUAUCUGUGGCACGAAGUGCUGCUUGAACUCCGUUACCGAUGGGAAAAUUCUUUUCUUUUAACCGAUAUUCAACCAGGCUACCCUAACCACGGAACCUGCCUGCUUCACCAGAAACUCCAGAUGCUGAACUGCUGUAUAGAAAAGCGCCAGCAGAGCCGACAAGCCAACCCGAAAAAACAGGUCACAUUUUCGCGGAAGAGUCCGGAACGGUUGAUUAUCCCGGCGAAUAAAAGUUCAGUGGAUUCCAUUACGACCCUGGAUGGAGAGGAUUUGGUUACCGAGGAUGAAGAUGAAGAGUUUUACGACUGCGAAGAGGUGUUUGGGGAGGAGACGAUGGUGGAGGAGAAAGAAAAAAAUAUCAGUGUCAAGCCGGAAGGCAGACUGCACGAGCAUACCAGCCUGAAGCUGCUGAGUGAUGGUGUUACGCCAGUAUUUAUCCCGGUAACGCAGGAGGUCGCGCCGAUGACGGAGGAUGCAGCCGCGGCUCAUUUGGAACGCCUGGCGGCCACGGAUGACGACGAAGUGGGACGGGCGCUACGGAUUAAAUUACAAAGUGCAGCGCUUGUAUCUGAUAUGUCAGCUUUUAAGGCGGCAAACCCGGGAUGCUGUUUCGAGGACUUUGUGCGCUGGCAUUCACCGAGAGACUGGGAAGAAGAUCCAGAACAUGCAAGCGCAGGACAUCUGAGCGAAAGGAUGUCGCAUGCUGAUAGCGCUUGGUCGACUGCAUGGGAAACCGCAGAGUGCAAACCAGUUCGACGACAGAAAAGAUUAUUCGAUGAGCGCGUUGAAGCUGAAAAGGUAUUAUCAUUUUUAAACACGACCGUUGGUGACGUGUUUCGGCAUUUAUUGCCUGUGUUUGCUGAAGCGGUGCUGAUUAAACUGAUAAAAGAAAUGCACGAGGCUGAUCUUCGAUUACCGGUUGAUCAAACGAUGCUGACAAAAUCGCUGUCGCGAAUCCUCUCGGAUCAUAUUUUUAACUGGGUGGAUUUUGAGAAAUUCAUCAAAAACGUAGCGAGCAAUGAACAGAGUGUCCACACGUACCGCUCGUUACUGGAUACUGCCAAACGAUCUGACGAUUUACCAGAGAAAGAGCAGUUUCAUCAGUUUAUAAAGAGCCUAACCAAUUCGCGACAAUUGACCCCCGUUCCGGGUGCAUCUCGUAGUCCACUGGGACAGCACAUCCUCAAAACAUUCGACCAGCGGACGCCGACCUUAGACUCCACGGAAGUGUCCAUGCAGCAGCUGCAAAACAGAAAAGCAGUGCUGCCCAAAGUGGAGGUGAAGGAAUUCUUAUUGCGGACCAUCGCACCUCGGCCUUUUAGUUUCAACCGACCCGGUGUGCAGAGGUUGUAUGCGUGUAUGAAGAAAGACAGUGUGCGCAUGGCUGGUGCCUUCUCGGAGGAUAUUCUGUAUGGUUGAUGCCGUGUGAUUUAUUCGGGUUCAAUCAGUUUAGUCACAAUAUCUGUGAUGUUUAACCUUCGCGUACAUAAUGGUUAUUUUGAUAUUAAUACGUUUCUGAUUCUCGCAAAAUGUUAUUGUUUUAAAGUUUGCCGUGGUUAUCUCCAGUCUCUCAACUGCUGACAAACAAAAAAAAAGGCAAAUAAUAGUGCUAAUCAC